CACUACGAUCGCAACAUGUCAACCUUGAGUAGAAGAUUUGGCCGUUCUCUGCCGUUUUUAUUGUACCGUGCUAAUAACACGAGUUAUAAUAGAGAUGGAGCUAAAUUUUUUAGCAGUACUCCAACUCUCCACAAGGAGACAAUUGGCUUCAUUGGUUUGGGGAACAUGGGUGCGCACAUGGCACGAAACCUAAUCAAGAACGGGUACGGAAUUAUUGUCAACGACAUAACACUGAGGCAGACGGAACAGCUCAAGAACGACGGCGCGGACGUCGCUGCGACGCCGGCGGAGGUUGCCGAUCGUACGAACGUCAUCGUCACCAUGCUGCCGUCCAGUCCACACGUGAAGCAGGUGUACGCUGGUGACAACGGCAUAUUCCAGACCGUGAAGCCGGGCGCGCUGCUGAUAGAUAGCAGCACCAUCGACCCGGCCGUCUCGCGUCAGAUGGAAGUGUUGGCCGUAGAGAAAUCUGCGACGUACAUGGAUGCGCCCGUGUCGGGAGGUGUGCUGCGGGCGCGGGACGCGGGGCUCACGUUCAUGGUCGGGGGCGCGAGCUCGUUACCCGGACGCAGAGAAGCUGCUGGCGUGAUGGGACGCAACGUGGUGCAACUGCCGGCGCGCGUCGGCACGGGCGAGGCGGCGAAGAUCUGCAACAACAUGCUGCUGGGAAUCUCGAUGAUCGGGUCUCGGAGAACAAUGAACCUCGGGAUCAAACUCGGUCUCGACCCCAAGCUACUCGCGAAGAUCCUGAACAUGAAGUAGCGGCCGUUGCUGUCGAGCGAAGUCUACAACCCGUGUCCCGGCAUCGUCGAGGGCGUCCCGUCCAGCCGAACACGAGGAGGCUUCGGCAGCGCCCUCAUGCUGAAGGACCUGGGGCUGGCAGUGAGCGCAGCCACCGACACGCAGGCUGCCAUUCCUCUUGGCUCCGCCGCGUGCCAGAUCUACCGCGUGCACUGCCAGGCCGGCUACGCGAAGAAAGACUUCUCCUCCACCUUCAAGUUCCUCAGCGAAGAGAAGGCGCCGAAGGAUUAAGCGGCAGCGGUGCCCCCUGGCGAGAUGACGGUUGUUGCGGCCGUUUGUACGGGAGAGGGGUGCGCGACAAUGAUAAUGACGACACGAUGACUGUGAUGACACUACAGUGAGGACAUGACAACGAUGGUGAUGAUAAUGACGACACGGUGACUUUGAUGACACUACAGUGAUGACAUGACAACGACGAUGAUGAUAAUGACGACACGAUGACUGUGAUGACACUACAGUGAGGACAUGACAACGACGAUGAUGAUAAUGACGACACAAUGACUACGAUGAAUAAAUCGUGUACAUGUGAAUGGGCCGAACAUACAGUAUCACGAAUAACAUUGAUCACAACUCAGGUAGCAGAAAUGUCAGCUAGCAAAUCCGGCUCGAUCUGCUGGCUGCUUGCACAUUAGUGUCGAGCCUUGGUGUUAUCGUUGUUGUUGUUAUGGUUUGUUGUCGUCGUACAAGAUACUGGCGUGGGAUACCGACACGGACUAACCCCACGAAUCAUGACGAGCUAAGCUUGCUAGAUUUUUGCGAAUAUCAUUACAGAGAAUCAUGUACCCUCACGAAGCUCGCUGUGACGGAAGAAACAAUACACGAUGGGACACAACAAACUGUGAUCAUUUUUGUACUCGUUAGGUAAAUAGCAAGUGAAUAGCGAUGACAGAUUGAACGCUCAGAUUUGUGUAGAACUACGGGUACACCGUCUGCUAGAAUGUCUGUUGUAACCCACGUGUGUAGAGAGUAUCAGGUAGUUAGCGUUAGGUGUGCCUGCCUAACGCGCGUGCGUGCGUGCGUAUGUGCAUACAAGGUUACAAUAUGGCAUCUAGGUGGGUCUGUAUGUACCCUAUGUAACCUCGUAAAUAUUAGUCUUCAAAGUCCAAUGGACUAUAUCGAAGAUGGAAUGAGACAAAGUUGAUCAAACAGACAGACCAAUACUGAGGAUCGUAGUAGUAGCAUGUUUGUGAACAGACACAUUGGCUUGUUGUUGUCGGAGGUGGUGUUCUAGCCUUUAGCAUGUGCGGUCGGCGUCGGCUGCCGCGGCUUCUGUUGCCAUGGCAACUGUCCUUGACGUGUACCGUCCAGCCUCUCUGUUGCGAGUUGAAAUCUCUAACGUUAAUUGCCAACACGAUGCCGCUGUUAGUAAAUACGUUUAGGAAAUAAACGCACUGCUACUCUGUUCAACGAGUAAUGCAGUGUUUGUUCAUCA